AUGGAGGACGAGGAGAGACGGAAGAAACUGGAGGCCGCCAGACCAAAGCUUGCCGAGUUUCGACAAAGGAAAGCUCAAUCUGAUGGUCAGAAUCCUUCUAAGAAGCAGAAAAAAAAGAGGAAAACUUCAAGCAGUAAACAUGAUGCAUCAGCAUACCAUGCUUUAAAUAUUGAGCAAUCACAGAGUGAUGAGACAUGCAUAAAUAGUUCCCAGAGAGUAGGAUCAACUAUGACUCCUGAAUCCACUACAAUGAGAACUCUGCAUAGUGGAGAAAUAAGCAAACAUGAUCAAGUCUUUUCUAUUGAACCAGAAAGUGAAAUUUCAACCACAGCAGAUGAUUAUAGUUCAGAGGAGGAAGAAUUUGGUGUCAAUGAUUCUUAUUCUGAACAUGGAGCACAGUACAAUCAGACCCAUCUAGAAAUAAUGGAAAACAAAUUGGCUGGCAAACAGCAUGAGAUAGAAGAGCUCAACAGAAAACUAGAAGAAAUGAGAGCCACCUAUGGGACUGAAGGGCUGCAGCAGUUACAAGAAUUUGAAGCUGCCAUUAAACAAAGAGAUGGCAUUAUAACCCAGCUCACUGCUAAUUUACAACAAGCAAGAAGAGAAAAGGAUGAAACAAUGAGAGAAUUUUUAGAGUUGACAGAACAAAGUCAAAAAUUACAGAUUCAAUUCCAGCAUUUACAGGCUAGUGAAACUCUGAGAAACAGCACUCACAGUAGCACAGCUGCAGAUUUACUACAGGCCAAACAACAGAUCCUCACCCAUCAGCAACAGCUGGAAGAACAAGACCAUCUAUUGGAAGAUUAUCAAAAAAAGAAAGAAGACUUCAAAGUGCAAAUUAGUUUCUUGCAAGAAAAAAUUUGAGCAUAUGAAGUGGAACAAGAUAAAAAAGUAGAAAGCUCAAAUAAAGAAGUACAGGAAAAGGAGGCAAUCAUUGAAGAAUUAAAUGCAAAAAUAAUAGAAGAAGAAAAAAAGACUCUUGAGCUAAAGGAUAAAGUCACAGCUGCUGAUAAAUUACUGGAAGAAUUACAAGAACAGGUUGUACAAAAGAACCAAGAGAUAAACAAUGUAAAAUUAGAGCUGACUAAUUCCAAACAAAAAGAAAGACAGUGUUCUGAGGAAAUAAAACAAUUAAUGGGGACAGUUGAAGAACUUCAGAAG